AUGCCACCGCCGGAAAGUCAAAUACCUCAUUUCCUCAGCCAGAACGUUAAUUUCUUCCGAGUUCCCGUCGGCUGGGAGUACCUUCAACCCGAAAUGAAUGGCAAGUUGGAUGAAGCUAAUCUGAAAACGUACAAAACAUUUGUCGAAAAGAUCACCUCACACGAGGCGUAUGUUGCCAUCGACCUCCAUAGCUUUGCACGCUACAAAGGCCAGAUUGUCGGGGAGUCUCCCUCCACUCCAGCCGAAGCACUAGUCAGUAUCUGGACUCAGUUAGGCGAAGUUUUCAAGGACAACCAACUUGUCAUUUUCGGCAUUAGCAACGAACCUCAUGACCUUGACAUCACGAAAUGGGCCACCACCGUACAGGCGGUCGUGAGCGCAUUAAGGAAAAAAAAUAUUAAAAAUGCCAUCCUUAUCCCCGGUACAGAGUACACCUCCAUGAAGGCCUUCCCGGAGUGGUACCAAGCUAUGAAAGUUGUCAAAAACCCAGACGGAUCCUUCGAUGGACUUCUUUUUGAAGUACAUCGAUACCUCGACGGUGACAACUCUGGAUCGGGUCCUGAAUGUGUAGCAAGCCAUACAGACGAAGUAGCCGCGGCCGUGGAGCUUCUUAAGGCUGACAAAAGACAAGUGAUUUUGGGAGAGACUGGUGGUGGGAGUACUGACAGCUGCAAGAACUUCCUCCCAGAACUUGCCAAGGCAGUCGUCGAGGCUUACCCUGUCUUUGGGGGCUUUGCUUUGUGGGCCGCUGGCUCCUUCAAAGCGGACUAUCCGUUAGUCACCACCGCUCAAGACGACUCAUCGCCUACCGGAUGGAAAGAUAUGCCAAAUUGGCUCUCGAUCAAACAAUUCAUUCCUCCUAAGGGUUCUACAAAUGGUGACAAGUCAACAGGUACAGAAGCGCCGAAAGCCUGUCAGUAA